UCAACAUAUAUAUAUGAAACACCGUCGAUCUAGCACCAAUCUCCUGCAAGUAAACCAGCUUGAGCGGCAGACUAAAAGACGAGUUGCCACGGUGUUAGUGAUGACGAUUGUUGACCUGACAACGGCUGUGUUCCUGAUUGUUGUAGGAAUAACACUAGUUCAGGGAGAAUCAUCAGUACCUGAACGUGGUCCAUUUAACCCUCAAAACACCCACAAUGCCCAACCAAAGACUUUUAGGCCGCCAGUUCCUAACUUGGAUUGCUCUGUCUAUAAACCCGGGACUCAUUGGCAUUUUAUAAAACCUCACACAGGAAGAUGUUGUAUGCAGGUUUUUCGUUAUCAAUGGAACGUUUCGGAUGUGUGGCACGAAUGGGGGACAGGAUCAGUUGGUGGAGUGUCCGAAAGACUCCUUCAAUUGGAAUAGUCCUUACUUAUCGGGGAGGUUCCAAUUCCCAGACGAAGCAAUGGAUCUGUGUGGAGAUAACGGAUCUGUAGACGGGUUUGCUUCCCCAAAUAUCGCAUGGGACUACGAGAACUUCACGAGACCAGAAGGCAGAUCCGCGAUCCUGAAAGGGACUGUGUAUUCUCCCUCAGACCUGAAUGUGGCCUUUUUAUUCAAGAAUGACGACAGUUUUCCCCUUAGGAAAAUGAAGUGCAGGUUUCUCGCAAGCGACGACAUCUGGCUUGUUGAAUGGAAAUUAGAAAACCUGACGUUAGAAAAUGGCGGCUUUUACUCAAUUCUAGCUGUCAACAAACAAACCAGUGCCUGGAGCAGGAAAACUCGUUUAACGGUCCUGCCCAUUGAAUUAACUACUCAACAAACUGGUGAGUCGUCGACGAAAACAGCAACUGAGUCCCAAAACACAACUCGCAGCUUACAAUCUCCAACACCGGUUUCAACGUCUCGGAAUUCAACCGAAAAGCCAGGCGGUGUUGAAGACGGUUACAUGUACUACACACUGAUUCUGAUUCCUGUUUUAAUUGUCGUUGUCCUAAGCAUGAAGGGUUAUUAUUACAACUUGGAACGGGGCAAUAAUGAAGAGGAGCGUGAAAACGAUGAGAAGAGCGACGUAGAAGAUGAAUUGAUUAAUUCGCCAGAGGAAGGACAGGAAGAUUUGUUACAGACGACAGUUUAAAUGCAGCAUGUCAGGUUACCGUUGGGGUACAAGUCGAGAAGAGAGCAGUUUAACUUGGUCUCCAGCUUAACCUGUCUGUUGUGUCUUGCAUGAUUGGUGACUGAUAUGUUAACAGCAUGACUGGUGCAACACGAACUACAACACCUAUUCGUUUCUCCGUCAGAGCGCCUGAUUUUGCUUAUUUUGUUUUAAUCUUUUUUGCAUUCUUGGUAAUUUUUUCUGUGUUUGCUUUCUCAACAUUUUACCAUACUGUCUCUUUUUAUAAACUUUGUAGUAUAUUGAGUUCCUUCAGUAAUUCCCGAGAAAUAGAAGAUAACAAAUAUUUACUGUCAAAAUCGAAGAUGGCUGCCUUUCGGCCAUUUUGUUUAUCUGAUCACUUUUAAAUUUAAACAUGCACAACAAAUGACCAAGGGAAAUCUUCAUAUGAAAGAUCCCUCUAUUCUUUUUAGAGAAAAACCGAUAAAAAGAAUUGUUUAAGGACGGACCACGGACCAUGGCCAAGUAGCCCAGACAUUUUGUGUGAUUUUUCCAUUUCUGCCCAGGUUCUUGUUCCUUAAGAAAUUUCAUUUGAACAGCAUUAAUGAAUUACCAUACUGGGGUCUUUCUCAAAUUUCAAAUGUAGGUUUCCCUUGGUCUUUUGUAAUGCAUGCUUAAUUUUGGGACUGAUCAGAUUAACAAUAUGGCCGCCUUUCUGCUAUCUUGGAUUUUGACAGUUAAUGAUUGUUUUUAUAUCCAUUUCUCAGGAAGUACGAGGAGAACUUUUUCAAAUUUUAUAUGUAGGUUCUCUUUGGUCCUUUAUUGUGCAUGUUUACUUUUGAUACCGAUUAGAUUGACAAAAUUGCCGACAAGAGACCAUCUUUGAUUUUGACAAUGAUAGUUUAUCUCGAUUCCGCGGAAGGUACUGGACAGAUUUGUUCUUAAAUAUUAUAUAUGGGUUCCCCUUGGUCCUUUAUUGUGCAUGUUCCCUUUGAAAGUGAUCAGAUAAAGAAAAUGGUCGACAAGUGGCCAUCUUAGAUUUGGACAGUAAAUGUUUGUUUUCACUAUUUUUCCGAAAGUACUGGAGGGAUCUUUUCUCAAAUUUGAUAUGAAGGUUCCUCUUGGUCUUUUCUUAUGCAUGUUGACUUUUAAAUUGGCCCCCGUCUCUAGAAUAUUGAAUUAUUUAGAAAAAAAUAACACUAAUAAUUUUGGUCACUUGGAUGACUGAUUCCUAAGUUAUAAACUAGGGGGAGAUAAGCAAGUAGUAAAAUGCAAUUGAGAAAUUCUUCAUGGUAGCCAGUCUAGUUGACUUUCGAAACUAAUCGGAUCGACAAAAUGGCUGACUAGCUUGGAUUUUGACAUUCAAGUUUUGAUUUUACUACAUGUAUACUACUUUGUUAUGUAAGUUCCCAUCGGUUCUUAAAUAUGCAUGCAGUCGGUCAUCUUUGAUUUUGACAUUUCAAGAAUAUUAUCAUUUUGUCCAAGGAAAUACUAAUCAGAUCUUUCUCAUAUUGCAAUGAUUUGUUCUAUUUGUUCUAAGUACUGUACUAGUAAAUAUGUGAAAUGACAAA